UUUUGCACCAUUCUUUGACAUCUGUUUGAAUGUCAAGGUCAUCGUAGCUUGUCAGCCAUCCUGAUUGGAAUAAGAAUUCGGUCACUGUUUUUAACGAGACCAGUUUCUAUAAAAUCAAAUAUUGCCAACUAUCAGAAGAUGAAGUUUAAUGUUUGUUUUGUAUUGGGUGGACCAGGUGCGGGGAAAGGUACCGUGUGUCAGCAGAUUGUAAAAGAAUAUGGAUUUGUACAUUUAUCUGCGGGUGAAUUACUCCGACAAGCUCGUGAUUCCUCAGAUUCUGAAUUCGCCAGUCGGAUACAAAUGCAUAUGAAAAAUGGAACAAUAGUCCCAGCGAAAAUUACUUGCGGACUGCUGCAUCAGGCAAUGACAAAAAGUUAUAAGGAUGCUGGUUGUAUGAAUUUCCUUGUGGACGGCUUUCCACGCAAUGAGGAUAACCGUCUGUGUUGGGAACAGGACAUGAAUCCUCUUACAAAUUUAAAACGUGUUAUUGUACUAGACUGUCCAGAUGAUAUAUGUAUACAACGUUGUCUUGGACGACAGUCCAAUCGGGUCGACGAUAAUGAAGAAACAUUACAACACCGUAUCAAACAAUUCAAAGAACAAUGUAUGCCGGUAAUUAAAUUCUAUGAGGCACAAAAUUUGGUUACCGUAAUUGAUGCCAAACAAUCAAUACCAGAAGUGUGUAAUCAAGUUCGACAGAUGAUGAAUAUGUUGGUUAGUUGAUAAACGGUAAAAGUCAACUGUUGCAUGACCUGCAGGAAUUCAGUCCUAUUCUCUGUGAUUUGCUUACUCUGUGGAAAUUUCAGAGCGUUUUCAUUCGAAUCCAUGUUAUCUAAUCAACUCCAAUAUCAUGAAAUUUUUUCUCUAUCCUCAUUUGAUAUCGCAUAUCAUGACUAGUGCAGUUCAAUCAAUAUCUUCUGUCUUAUCUUCAAGUAUCAAAUGAAUUAUGUUGGAAAUGUGGGGAUGUCUGCUGCAAACAAUAACAUACUUUUUUUUUAAACUAUCAACGGACUAUUUCUGUAUUUGGUAACAGUAAUGGAACUUUUCGACAAACUCACCUCGUAUAUAACAUAUUUAUACAAAAUAUAUUGGCUAUUGAACGUUGA